CAAACGUUUCCUCAUCGAUUCGCGAAUUCUCAAGGCAUAUAUUACAGUGCGGCGCGCGUCGAAGCGCGUUAGAUGCAGUUAGUACGUCGAUGGUAUCGGAAGUAGAUCGAGAGACAACACGGUGACGGUGUGUUCGAUGGUGAAUAGCACGAUCCGAAGGAUUGAGAAAGACUGAAUAUUUUGCACAAAGCCUAACCCUAUAUUUAAUCGAGAACGAUGUGAGGACGAUAUCUCGACGAAGACUGCACCUAUUUGAAGAGAAAAAAAAGGCGGCAGGAAGAGAAAGAAGCAUUGCUGUCGGUCCAGCGCGACUCGUAUAGAUAAGGGAAAAAAGAGGAGAGCGCAGUUGAGACCUGAAUCGCUUAAACGGACCGACAGAGAGAGAAAGAGAGGAAGAGUGAAAGUAAUAAACUCAUUUCCUCUGUAGUGAACGCACGCGAGUGAUCCGUAAAAUGUCAACAGACGACGGUAUAACAUGCUGCAAUUCGCGGCAGAAUGGUGUGGUUCAGCCGUUAUUGACAGAUUUGUAUCAAAUCACGAUGGCUUACGCCUAUUGGAAGAGCGGCAAAGUAAACGAUCAUGCCGUAUUUGAAUUGUUCUUUCGAAAAAAUCCUUUCCAAGGAGAAUUCACGAUUUUUGCCGGCCUGGAGGAAUGUAUAAAAUUCCUGAAAAAAUUCCAUUAUUCCUGCAGUGAUAUCAAGUACUUAAAAUCGACUAUGCCUAUGGUAGAUCAAAAUUUCUUCGAUUAUCUACAGAAUCUUACUGCAAAAGAUGUCACACUAUACGCCAUAGAAGAAGGAUCUGUUGUAUUCCCAAGAGUUCCUUUAAUAAGAGUGGAAGGACCACUGAUAAUGGUGCAGUUGUUAGAGACAACUUUAUUAACAUUAGUAAACUAUGCAAGUUUAAUGGCGACCAAUGCAGCAAGAUAUCGCAUGGUUGCUGGAAAACAUAUAACAUUAUUGGAAUUUGGACUUCGACGAGCACAGGGACCUGAUGGAGGACUGAGCGCAUCUAAAUAUAGCUACAUUGGUGGAUUCGAUGGUACUAGUAAUGUUCUAGCUGGAAAGUUGUUUAAUAUACCCGUUUGUGGUACUCACGCACAUGCAUACAUCACGUCCUUCACCAGCAUCGAUGACCUACAAGGAAAAACAUUGGCACACAAACAAACAGGAGAUGUUCUGGAUCUUCUCGAACUCGCUUGCAAAUAUCGCGAAGACAUCGCCGACGAUUUAGGAGCUUUAUCUUCACAAGCAUCUGACGGAGAAUUUGCUGCCCUGAUCAGUUACGCUGUUGCUUUCCCAGAAAGAUUCGCCGCUCUUGUAGAUACAUAUGAUGUCAAAAGCAUUGAAGCGUCGGCCAAGCGGCAGGCACAAGUGGCCAGCCUAAAUGUAAAGAAUAAACUUCUAACUAACGGGUCCAAUACACAUGCCCAAAACGGCGUGAGAAACAACCCAUUUAAAUCAGAACCAACUUCGCAUCACAAGAACGGCUUUUUAAGACGAGGCGAAUUGGGCGAGCUCUAUGUGAGGAGCGGUCUUUUGAACUUCUGCGCAGUGGCGUUGGCUCUGAAUGAUUUAGGAUACAGAGCUGUUGGAAUCAGGAUCGACAGCGGCGACCUGGCCUAUCUCAGUAACAUAGCGAGAGACAUUUUUGAAAAAAUUGCUAUAAAGUAUAACAUACCAUGGUUCGCAAAGAUGACAAUAUGCGCAUCGAACGAUAUCAAUGAAGAAACCAUAAUAAGUUUGAACGAGCAGAGUCACAAAAUUGAUUGCUUCGGAAUUGGUACGCACCUCGUAACGUGUCAGAGACAACCGGCGUUGGGUUGUGUCUACAAAAUGGUAGAGAUCAACGGCGAGCCGAGAAUUAAGCUCAGUCAAGAAGUUGGAAAAGUCACAAUACCGGGUAGCAAAGUUGCUUAUAGAUUGUAUGGAGCAGAUGGUUACGCAUUAAUAGAUCUUUUACAGAAGACAUCUGAAGAAGAACCGCAAGUGAUGCAGAAAAUUCUCUGCAGACAUCCAUUCCAACAAACGAAGAGGGCUAAUGUUACACCAUCCCAUGUGGAAGCUUUGCAUAAGGUAUACUGGAAAGAUGGCAAAUUGUGUCAGCCACUACUUACAUUGCAAGAGAUUCGCAAUAGAGUACAAGAAUCUCUUAAUACACUGCGUAACGAUCACAAAAGAAAUCUAAAUCCAACGCCGUAUAAGGUAGCUGUCAGUGAUGCCUUGUACAAGUUUAUAGACGAGUUAUGGUCUCAAAACGCGCCAAUCGGAGAACUACGGUGAAGCAUACUAUUCUUAUACAGGAUUAUUGUUAAGUCAGAUUCUAGUAAAUAUGAUUAUAAAAGUAACAAUAGAAUCAGGAUUUAUACAAAUAAGAAACGCAACGAAUCUCUUUCAAAAACCUCUUUUAGAACCGAUGACAAUGCAUAUAUAUGAUCAUAUAAAUAUAUGAUCAAACCACAUGUAUUAGGUGUUUCGAGAUUAAUUUUAAGGGUUGACGAUGAAUGGAUUGCUUCUAAAGAUAAGUCUUUUCUACCGUGGAAUUCAUUUAUUCCCAGAAAGAUGAGAUAAAGCAUUGUAACAAGCAGUGGAAAAUAUUUUGAUUAAAAUAAUUUGAAUAAUAAACAAUUCAUUUAUCAUCAACCUUCAAGAUUUACCGAAAUACUUAAUAUACACAUAUCAAUAUGUGUAUACAGAAUUUAUCAUGAGCACAUGACGAAAAAGGGGAUCGUGUGAAGAUAUAUUUUUUACAUUUUCCAUUGUUGGAAAUGUCGAUUGUAUUAUCGUCGACGGCUUAUCAUUGUCGCGAUAUAUUUUAAUAAAGUUAUGUGCAAGUCACGGCACAAUA